AUGAACAACGUGUUUGUCCUCGUGCAACCCGUGUAUCUCAAGAGGGCAUUCCCUUCGAACAUCGCCGAACGUCUGGACCACGUCUCGAUCGCCACCGCACACGACAUCAUCAAUCUCGCAACCGCAGACCCCACAGCACUCCACUUUGUCACCAUCGGAGCCUCCGACUACCUUCAGCUCAAGACGAGCACCCAUCUCACGCUCUUCUCUGUCGUCGGCUCCGUUACCCACAGCGACCUGAUCAGUCCCAGCGGUCACAGCCGUCAACUCUGCGUUGCACCAUCAGCACUCACCUGGCCACGUGCGGCCGCCGUCCUGGGUGCCAUUCUCAACAGACAAACACUCGUCUUCCCGUCGUUCCAUGCCGGCCUCUCCUUCUCGACAAGGUUGACCACUGGCACCUCAAACACUCCAACCAAGAUCCGCGGCAUGGCUCCCGCCACUCCGGUGAACGCACAACGCGGUCCACCCCCCGUGCUGCCGGCCGAUCGAGAUGUGCCGACUUUCGACGGGUGUAAGCCCUUCAAGUUCUCCAUGCGCUCCAUAUCGAUGCUUCCCAAAAUCCACGAUGAUCUCUCCACAGAGUCUGCCGUCCUCCUGCUCUUCACUCUUGGGAAGUACAUCAAGAGCCACCCUGAACUCGACGACGAAAACGCCGACACCACUAUCUCCCUCAACAUCCAAUCCAUCGUCCUUCUCGCCAAUCCGGGAUCGAUGCCCCGCGGCUUCCUCGAGGACGAGCCCAUGCCCCUCCUCGGAGUCUUCCGACCGAAUUCCGAGCCUGACCAACGCCACUCGGAUGACAGCGACGACGACGAUGCCUCGCUUGUCUAG